AACGAUUUUCGGUAAACAGAUUGACUUCGAGAAAGAAAAUAUUGUGCUCGCAAUGGGAUCGACAGAUGUUUCUGCAGAUAUAAUUGUUACGAUUUCUCGUAUUGUGUUUAUUCCCACGCAACGAUAAAUAACGUGAACGCGAAGAUACGAUCGUUGUUAUCCGUUAAAAAAUAAAAUCAUUGACGAGAGACGGCUGGUGGAAGAAAUUAAUCUUUGGAUGCAUGACGGAUGGCGGUGACGUAACAACGCGUGGAUAUAUAUUGUGGGUUCGAUCACUGCAAUACGUAAGUUGCUGCGAUGUUGUUAAUCGUGACUUUGUUGGCCGUGCUCUCGGUGACAGCGGGCGACAGUCCCCACAAGAAUCCAUAUUAUGCACCAGGCCAUGACACCAUGGUCCAUCUUUUCGAGUGGAAAUGGAUGGACAUCGCCAAAGAAUGUGAAAACUUCCUGGGUCCCAUCGGCUACGGAGGAGUACAGGUGUCACCAGCCCAGGAGAACCUGAAGAUCCCAAACAGGCCAUGGUGGGAACGCUAUCAGCCAAUGUCUUAUCUCUGGAACACGAGAUCUGGCACGAAAAUAGAGUUCGCAGAUAUGGUAACCAGAUGCAACGCGGUGGGCGUCCGAAUCUACAUCGAUAUGAUCGCGAAUCACAUGUCCGCUGACAGGGAGAACGCAAUAGGCACUGGAAACUCUAGAGCAAACACGUUCACGCGCAACUAUUAUGCGGUACCCUACACGGACAAUGAUUUUCAUACGCGUUGCUCGAUCACUAAUUACAACGACGCCGCGAACGUACGAAAUUGCGAGCUGACUGGCCUCCAUGACUUGAACCAAGGCUACGAGUACGUUAGAGGGAAGAUCGUGGACUUUAUGAACGAGGCCAUUGAUAUGGGCGUAGCAGGAUUUCGUAUGGACGCUGCAAAGCACAUGUGGCCAGAGGAUCUGAAUACGAUUUACUCCAGAUUGAAUAAUCUGAGCGUGGAGCACGGUUUCCCAGCGAACGCUCGACCGUUUAUAUUCCAAGAAGUGAUCGAUUACGGAAGCCACGAGGCUGUCUCGAAGUUCGAAUACACCGCCAUUGCCGCGGUGACGGAAUUCAAACACGGGUCAGAGUUGAGCAAUUCUUUCCGUGGCAACAAUCUUUUAAAAUGGUUCUCCAACUGGGGAGAAAAAUGGAGUCUUCUAUCGUCAUCCGACGCGCUCGUUUUCGUCGACAACCACGACACCCAACGCUCUGAUAGCAUAAACGUGCUCACCUACAAGUCGCCAAAACAGUACAAGAUGGCGGUGGCUUUUAUGCUGGCUCAAGAUUACGGAAUACCGCGAGUGAUGAGUUCGUUCGGUUUCGAGGACUUUAAUCAAGGUCCGCCGAUGGACAAUGAGGAACGCAUCACGUCCCCCAUUAUUCACCCUGACAAUACCUGCAGCGGCGGCUGGAUCUGCGAGCAUCGUUGGCGACAGAUUUACAAUAUGGUGCGUUUCCGGAACGCUGUACGCGGAACGACGGUUUCGAGCUGGUGGGACAAUGGCAGCAACCAGAUCGCGUUCUGUCGCGGCGAUGCUGGAUUCAUAGCGUUCAACGGCGAUCAAUACGACAUGACUGCGACGAUCAAGGCCUGUCUGUCGCCCGGUACGUACUGUGACGUGGCUUCCGGGAGCCUGGAGAACGGAAAAUGCACCGGGAAAGUCGUCACGGUGCAACAGGACGGCAACGUUCGCGUCGAGAUCUUGAAACGCGAAGAUGACGGAUUCCUUGCUAUUCAUAAGAACGCCCGAGUUGGUUAAAGGAACAUCGCGUGGGCGGACAGCCAGAAGAGAAACACGAUAAAAAUACCGAGAUAAUUAUGUUUUGAUUCGUAUUUUUAUAAAAAUGAUGUGAUCUAAAUCGUGAUAUAAAUCGUCAUUCGAUUCUAAGACCCAAAUCUGGAACAACGACUUAUCGAUAUCGAUUCCUAUCUCCUUAUCAAAAAAAGUUACUCACCUGUAGCGUCGAGAAAUCGUAAACUCGUUCUGCAAUCGUUACUUGACAUAUGUUUCGAACAAUCCCGCUGCAAUCGUACCUGCAAUCGAACUGAAUGGGCAGACGACAAUCAUAGACGGUGACUAUUUUUCAACAAUGUUUAUUUUAACAGAAACAAUGUACUGUUUUUGUUCUCUUUUCACCAUUAAUUUCUACUAUACAUAAUAUGACAGUUACUCGUAGAAUAAUACACGACAGACUCGCGAUGGAGAAAUAAAAAAGGGGUGCCGAAGGAUCGGGGUGGAGGGGGUGAAAGGUUGACGGUUGAACGUAAUCGUAAAAAUUAGUCGCAGAAGGAGACGAAGGGUGAAAAAUGGGUGGAAGAACAUCGAAGUAUCACAAGAUUGCCUUAUCGCCCGUUCUUUCGUCCCUCUUCUUCGUUUCGUUCAUCUUUUUUUCCUGUACAAUACUCUUAUAUUUCCAUUAAAUAAUUCCACGCUACUUUCUCUCUCACUUUCAAUGCUCGCCGUGUAAAGUACUUUCUUUCAUUUUAUUUUUAUUUUUUUCGAUAUCCUUUUUGCUUCAUUUCGCACAUGUACACACACAUUCCGUUCGAUCUCUUCUUUUCACUUGUUCCGGUACGAGCGAUUCUGCUGCCCGAUAAUGAAAUGAUCUCGUGCGACGCAGUAAUGGUGAACCCCGGCUACGAAACUAAAUAAAAUACUACGGGUCCUCUUGUGAAAGCAUGAUAUAAAUAAAUGCUCAAGCAUUAUGUACAGUGAUCUCGGUUUAAGUAAAAGCCGCUAGCUCGAUUAAUGUCCGCGCGCGCCUUCCAAGUUUCUGUUGCGAUUAUUAAUCUCGUUAAACGUAAAUAAUGACCGGACGAAUGCAGGAAAUCAGAAAAACGUCAAUUUGCGUAUCGAACGCGACGUUGAAAAAUUCGAUGAACGAUUGUUUCUUCUGUUCCAAUGAGUUUUAUUCACCGAAUAAAAACUUUCGAAACGUUCGUGGUUAAUGUUCGAGAUGAAAAUUACCUGAUUGUAUCGCGUCGGAGAGAAAUUGCCGCGGAUACGACGAAUAAACGACCAACGUCCGACGGAAUACGAAACUGGAAGCACGUGUGAGUGUAUGUGUACAUAACAUUUAUAAACGUAUAUAGUCUGCAGUAAAUUCAGGCUAAUGUAAAUCUAAAAAUACUGCUCAUUUUUACGAACUUACCAACUUCACGAUGCAACACUGUCUCCGACCUUUUCGCCUAGGACAUCUCUUUUACAUCUUAAUUGUUAUACGAUGAAUACAAUAAGGCAACGGUUUACUCCUAAAUAAAUAAACGUCAAACGUUGUAAAUAAGAGAAGAAAAAAAAAAAAGUUAAUUUACAAUUCUUCUAAACUAUUUAUAUUACGGUUCCGUCGCUCGUAAAUCUAUAUCGUUUGCUACGUAUCGAGUGUGUGUAGGCGUGUGUGUGUAUGUUCGUGUCUGUGUAAGCGUACACGUGUACGUUUAUGAAUGUAUAUACGUGUGCGGAGCUGACUCCUUUUUGCACGUAGAACGCUAGCAAAAAUAUAAUUUAGUAUAUUUAUCAUUAUAAUUCAUUCAUGUAAAAACUUCGUUAAAAUAUAUAAAAGAAACAACGAUUUGAGCAAAUACGUAUCUCUUAUCAUAGUUAAAAGUACCGUAUCGAAACGUUCCUUUAUUGCACAUAAAUUUUCGCUAAUAAAAUGUUGUCUCUUUUUCCCCCCGUUUCACGCGAUUCUUCUCUCAUUCGUCCACGCAAACAACAAUUUAAUACAUACUCGCCGAUAUGUACACGAGAGCACGCUUCUUAAUUCUUUUUCCCCUCCCCCUCCCGUUUUCUCUUCGCCGCUGUCAUCGUUCGGUUCGUAAAAUUAUUCGAAUUCCCCGCGACUAAUUUACUAAUUUAUCUCGUUGCAUACGGUUCCCCGCCGGCAGCGAACGCGGUCCGUACCGUUAUAAAAUGCUGGCUCGAAUCGAAAAUUGCAUAUAAUGAAGCUCGCUACAAAAUACGGUAGAAAUACAAAUUCAGACACGGUCGCUUUUUCAGGUGCAAUUAAACUCGACGCCGCUGUUCUCGGUUAUAGUUAAAAACUGAAAUUAGAGAGUCACGCAAGAGCAAGUGUUACAUAGCGAUGAACAUCGGUGCUGGAAAUGUUAUUCGUUGCAGCG